AUGGAGGAGGCUCUGGAUCACUUCUUAGUUCUUGUAGGGCUGCUAGUGUGUCUGGCUUUCCUGGUGAAGUGCAUGAGAUUCUCCAAAUGUAUUUUUCUGAGCUUCUGGAGAGCUGUACCCUCAUCUUUGUUGCCAUCCAUGGGACAGUGGGCAGUUAUCACUGGAGCAGGUGAUGGGAUUGGAAAAGCAUAUUCAUUUGAGCUAGCAAGACAAGGACUCAAUGUUAUACUUAUCAGCCGGACGCUAGAAAAACUCCAGACCAUUGCCACUGAGAUUGAGAAGACUACAGGGAGAAAUGUGAAGAUUAUACAAACAGAUUUUACCAAAGAUGACAUCUAUGACUAUAUUAAAGAAAACCUUAAAGGUUUAGAAAUCGGAGUGUUAGUCAAUAAUGUUGGAAUGAUUCCAAGCCAUGUCCCGAGCCAUUUCCUUACUACAUCUGAUAGAAUCCAGAGUCUCAUCCACUGUAACAUCACCUCAGUAGUCAAGAUGACACAGCUGGUUCUGAGACACAUGGAAUCAAGAGGGAAAGGCCUCAUCUUGAACAUUUCUUCAGGGGUAGCCCUCCGUCCUUGGCCUCUAUUCUCCCUCUACUCAGCUUCCAAGGUUUUUGUGCGCACAUUUUCCAAGGCGCUGCAAGUGGAGUAUAGAAAGAAAGGAAUCAUUAUCCAGGUGCUGACACCAUUUGCUGUUUCAACCUCAAUGACAAAUCAUCUAGAUACCAGCAUGAUGAUCAAGAGUGCUGAUGGAUUUGUUAAAGAAUCACUGAAUUAUGUCAUGGCUGGAGAUGAAGCCUGUGGUUCUCUUGCCCAUGAAAUCCUGGGACGAUUUCUGAACCAGAUCCCGUCUUGGAUCUUCUACAGCCAGGCCUUCCAAAGGCUCCUCCUGAAGCCCAACUAGAUGAUGUAAAGCAGAUCCUCAAUGUCAACUAAUGCAGUAUCAGUAAUCAAACUCGGGACCUUGCACUUGCCUGUCAGGCACAGAACCACUGAGCCACAACCAAAAGAUAGAUUCCAGGUUCCUGAGUAUGGCAAGCAAAGAACUGCAAGUGUACACCUGAUGCCACAAGAAAAAGCAGCCACAUUUAUUGAAGUUAACAGUGUUAUACUUAAUUGUGAGAGAUUAUAGGAAUCGUCACCACUCUGAGCCAAAUUGAGUGUGAGAGUGGCUCUCACCUGGAAAACUCAAGGAGGAAAAGCAGCUUGCGGGGUUCUUUUAGGUGGCUCUUCUAACUGGGGAGGGCUCAGGAAGAGGGGGAGCACAAGUGGAAUUUCACAGGAGCAGAAUUUUGCUAAGUCAGUGGGGGUCAGGGGAAGUUUCACACAGUUUAGCUGAAACAAAAUAUCACACAGGUGUGGAGUAUCCUGUUUACAUAUGGCUGCAGACUGCUCUACCAAAUGGGAAGGUGUAGAUAACAUAUAGUUGCAGAUUGCUGUAUCAAACAGCGUUCGGUGGUCUGUCAUGCGUUAACGGAGGGGACUCCCAAGGGAGAGACCACCUGGAAUCACUCGACUUUUCACAAAUAGAGUCACGUUGGCUGUCACAAAAGGAAGGUGUGCUCAGGUUUGUGUCAGUAGAAACAGAAAGGUGGCAUGAAUGUGAAAAAUAGUGCUGAGAAGGAGGUGGGUGAAGAUAAGAAGAGUGAAGAAAAAUCAGGCUUUAGGAUUUAAAAGAUGUGCACCCCACCCCAGGUGCCUCUCAUUGCAUCUCUCUGGAUGUGAUUGACAGAAAUGAUCCACAGGAUGCCGAAUCAUUUCAAGGGCACCUUAGUACACAUGACUUUCCCAGAAUUUGCACUGUUUUAGUCACAUACCUGAUAUGUAGUCCCUGUGUAUGAACCUUUCAUGAAGUUCCAGUGGGGAAAAGAUUGCCACUGGAUCUAACACAUCUGUACUCUGGCCUGCCUGGAACUUUGUAGAUUUCCUGGGUCUUUGUUAUUUUUAUUUCUGUUUUUCUUAGGACAGUGGAAGCAGGAUUGGCCCUAGGGUAUUGUCCAAAUUCAGGUGGAUAGAAGGGAAAUGGUCUCCCAGCCUCAGUUGUGCUACCUGUAUUAGUCCUACAGCAGUGACGGCAAACCUUUUAUUUAUUGCAAAGUGCUGACACUGCAAUUAAACCUGAAUACUGAGGUUUUAGUUCGGAAAAAACAACUGUUAACUGAUGCUCGGCUGCUGGGCGAACAUGCCAAUAGAAAGGGCUCUUUGUGCCCCCUGCAGCACAAGAGCUGUAAGUUCACCAUCACUGUCCUAGAGCAUGCACAGAUUCUCAAACAGGGUUCCUUGCAGAUCCAGGAAACUGAAUCUUCCCACCAUUGCAAUAAAUGUGGCAUCAGUCUUAUUUGUACUUGGUUUUCUGUGUGAUACUGUGUUUGUAGAAAUAAAAUAUGUUACUAAAAACA